GCCACCACCAGCCCUGGCGGCGAGCUGCAGAUGGACAUCUUCGGGCAGCUGGGCGCCAUGUGCGGCAGCAGCGAGGACGCCUCCGCGCUGGCGGCGCACGUCUUGGCCAUGGAGGCCGCGGGCAAGCUGUCCCGCGACGCCAUGGUGGAGGAGCUCGAGGCGUUCCCCGGCGUCCCCGCCGCAUCGUUCGUCGACGCGGUGCUCGGCUGCAGGGACGGGGAGCGGGCCCGGCUGCGCAUGUGGGGCCACGACCGGGCGGUGGUGGAGCGGCUGCGGCAG